AUUUUUAGCCGUUGAAACAGUUGGAAGUGGGGUGCGUGUUAAACGAAUCGUUGCAUUUCUCUUUCACCACUUGCACACGAUAAACUCUCACACACAGGUGCAGUGUUUGUUUUCUUGGUGCAUGUAUUUGUGUGCUCGCGUGCGGUGUGCGUUUGCAUGAGAGUGUGUGUGAGGGCGCGCGAAGAUACAGCAACAAAAGCUGAGGCCAAAUUUAAAGCAGAAGCAGCAGUUAGUUAAGUUCCCCACACACAGUAAUAAUAAUCACAGUCAGCUGUGCGUUUUGUUUUGUAUUCUUCGACGGCAGAGAAAUGUGUGAAAUAUAAAUGCAAAUUAUAAAUAUAAUAAGCAUAAAUUACAAAUUAUUAGCGUGAAUAUUUUCAGUUGAGCCAAACAAAUAAAAGUGCGCAAACAAAUUCAACGCUUGCUCCCUACAACAAUAAUAACAACAACAUCAACAACGAAACAACAAUCGCGAGUGCAGUAUUUAUAGUGUGUUCCGUUCUAUCCGUGCUUGGGAGUAUUGUUGUGCCACAAGAGUGCCUGAAGUGUCCGUUCAGGUUCUGCCAUAAUCCUCAGUAUACGUUUUGACAGCAAAAUCAAAGCACUGCGCCAACCGAAGUGCUGUGUAGCGGUCACAUCACCAACAGCAGUCGGAGGAGGAGCAGCAUUCGAACUUGUGGAUAGAGGGUGCGAUAAGAACUCCUGGAAAUAACGUUCAAGCUACAUGUACAAAAAAUAAAUAAAUAAUUGAUAAGGUCGCCGCAUUGAGGCUGAGUGCACAAGGAGGACACUGUUAAAUUGACUUAACAAAACGUGUGGCACCCACAACACAAAAGGACAUCAACAACAACGACGUCAACGACGACGACGACGACGACUCGCUUCCUUCAUAUCGUAACUUCAGACUGAUUUACUCACUCACUGACUGCAGGCCAAAUUGCACACAAAACUACAGAGAAACAGAGAGAUAGAGAAAAACUUGAGCAUAUAAAAUAGAGCAAAAGCCAGCAAGCAAUUCAAGUGAAAUACCAACAAAUUGAAAUUCGUGUCUCUUGUGAAGACGUGUGGAAUGUGCAACAGCAACAGCAGCAGCAGGAGCAGCAGGAACAAUUGCGAAAAUACGAAGAAUCAAAAGCAUAUCAGCUUCUCAGCAUCUGAAUUGAAAAGCAAAUCAGCCGAACCUCUCUGAGUCUGAGCACAUAUCGUGGCACAUAAAUCAAAUGGAGAUCCUAGCGCACAUUGAUUAAUGUUACGUAUACGCAACGUGGCCCAACCACGAGGCGGCGCACUAUAAUUGAAGCACUCAGCAACUUCCACAGGCCAUUAAACCACACGCGCUGCACAACAAUAACAAAAGGCCCCCCUUCCGACCCACAACAAAGGGUCUCGCAACAAACAUUAACCAGAGCACAAAAGAACCGACUACAAACUCAUCAUGGUAUUUAUUUGGCGUCGACGUUCCACAACAAUUGUCAAGCUGGUGGCGUUGAUGCUGGCCAUUUGGUUUUGCAUUGCCUUUCUCAUCUAUACGGACGAUACACGCCGGCGAGCAGCGCAGGAAACCAGCGGAUUCGGUGCCGGAGCCGGCGUCGGAGCGGGAGUUGGUGGCUCCAGCGGCGGGGAUCCAAUUGCAUUGGCCCUGAAAAAUGGUCCAGACUCGGGCGAACAGCUAGCUGGUGAUGGCUUUGCUAUUAAUGGCAAUGCCAUUGUUGGCGCAGAUCGCGAUGCUCCACAAGAGGCGGAUGUGCCGCCAACGGCCAAGCCCAAGUCAAAGUCCGUCCACCAUAACGUCGUGGUGCAUCCGGAGGAGAAGGUCGUCAACAAGCAGGGGGCCAAGGAGGAUGACAAAAAUGUGUUGGAUGCCCCAGCACCCAAUCCGGAUGAUAGUCCUGGCGAAUUGGGCAAACCCGUUGUGCUGCCAAAACAAAUGUCUCCUGAGAUGAAGAAGGCUGUGGAUGACGGCUGGACAAAGAACGCAUUCAACCAAUAUGUUUCGGAUCUGAUAUCGGUGCAUCGCACUCUGCCCGAUCCCCGCGAUGCCUGGUGCAAGGAUUCGGCUCGCUAUCUGAGCAAUUUACCUAAAACGGAUGUCAUCAUUUGCUUCCACAAUGAGGCGUGGUCCGUGUUAUUGCGAACAGUUCACUCCGUGCUGGACAGAUCGCCACCUGAGCUCAUUGGCAAGAUCAUUCUGGUCGAUGACUACAGCGAUAUGCCUCACCUGAAGAAACAACUGGAAGAUUAUUUUGUUGCCUAUCCGAAGGUGGAAAUUGUGCGAGGUCCGCAGCGCGAGGGAUUGAUUCGUGCCCGCUUGUUAGGUGCCAAAUAUGCCAAGUCCGCAGUAAUCACAUAUCUCGACUCACAUUGCGAGUGCGCCGAAGGUUGGUUGGAACCAUUAUUGGAUCGCAUUGCACGCAACUCAACGACCGUUGUCUGUCCAGUUAUUGAUGUUAUCGACGAUACGACCCUCGAGUUCCACUAUCGCGACUCCAGUGGCGUCAAUGUGGGUGGCUUCGAUUGGAAUUUGCAGUUUAGUUGGCAUGCGGUGCCGGAACGUGAGAAAAAGCGCCAUAACAGCACAUCGGAGCCUGUUUAUUCACCCACAAUGGCCGGGGGUCUCUUUUCCAUCGACCGCGAGUUCUUUGAGCGUCUGGGCACCUACGAUUCCGGCUUCGAUAUCUGGGGUGGCGAGAAUCUCGAGCUGUCAUUCAAGACGUGGAUGUGCGGCGGUACUCUCGAAAUUGUGCCCUGCUCCCAUGUGGGUCACAUCUUCCGCAAACGUUCUCCAUACAAGUGGCGCACGGGCGUGAAUGUGCUGAAGAAGAAUUCCGUACGCUUGGCUGAGGUCUGGAUGGACGAUUACUCCAAGUAUUACUAUCAGCGCAUUGGCAACGAUAAAGGCGAUUAUGGCGAUAUCAGCGAUCGCGUCAAGCUUCGUGAGGAUCUAGAGUGCAAAAGUUUCAAAUGGUAUUUGGAUAACAUCUACCCCGAGCUCUUCAUACCCGGCGAUGCUGUGGCCAAUGGCGAGAUAAGAAACUUAGGUUACGGCGGUCGCACCUGCUUGGACUCGCCAUCUGGCAGACGCAACUUGAAGAAGGCUGUUGGCUUGUAUCCUUGCCACAAGCAGGGUGGCAAUCAGUACUGGAUGCUUAGCAAAUCGGGUGAAAUUCGACGUGACACUGCCUGCCUAGACUAUGCUGGUAAAGAUGUGAUACUCUUCGGUUGCCAUGGCUCUAAGGGCAAUCAGUUCUGGACAUAUCGUGAGGGCACAAAGCAGCUGCAUCACGGCUCCUCGGGCAAGUGCCUGGCCAUCAACGAGAGCAAGGAUAAGCUGAUCAUGGAGGAGUGCGAUCCACGAUUUGUGCGCCAGCAGUGGCUGAUGGAGAACUACGACAGUUCGAAAUUGUGAGGCUACUUCUUUGCGAAGGGCACUCUACUGGUGGCCACAUCGCAGAGUCAGCGCGCAUAGCACAGACACUAAGAAGGACGCAGGAGUUGAAAGAGUUUAUAUAGAGAGAGACGGAACAGAGAAAGGAUGUGUUAGUUUGUAAGCCCCGCGAGCGUUGUGCAAUAGGCAGUAGUUAAAGUAUUUGCCAUGGCUUUUAACUGAAGCAUUGAAAUGCGUUUAAAACACACACAUGCACACAUACAUAAAUACUAAAAAAAAAGAAAAAACAAAUAUAUUAGGAUAGCGUACUAUUUUUAAAAUUUUAUUUUCAAUUAUAAUUCGAAGGAAAAUGAAGGACUGUUGUACAGUAGAACAUAAGUUAUCUAAGCCAAACGGAUACGGAGCGGAAGCGCAACAACCGUUAACAGUUACAUCUAGUACAUUAGAAGCAUUACAAAAUGUAAACACAGACACACACACAUACAUACAUAUAUAGUAUAAGUAAUUGUAUAGUUUAUGUAGUUAACCCAAUUGGGUUCAACUGGCAAAUUCGUAGCGCAAUUUUUGCAUUUACAUGUUAUAAACUUUUAGCACAAUUUUUCGUGGCAAACUUUUUUUUGUGUGUGCAUGUGGCGAAUGUGUAUUUGACAGGCCAAUAACUGAUGUUAUGUUUGUUGUGCAGUGCAUAAAGACACUAACACACUGACACAUACGCAUACAUACAUCUAAGUACUUAUAAUAUUUAUGAAUUCUCCUGACAUCAAAUGACUUUGCAAAAGUCGCGUUCCAAAUAUGUUUAGUCUGUAAGCUUUGCUGUAAGUCGAUGUAUUGUUAUUGUAAAAUGGAAAGCGUUUGGUGAUUUUUAUUACCCCUCCCUUAACUUCCAAUCCCACAUUCCCUUCUCUUACUAUCCCAUCCAUUAAUCAUUCCAAAUUAAGUACCUCAGAGUAUAUGUACUUAAUACAACACAUUCUUUUCGUUUUAUUUAUUUUGUUUUAAUAUAUCUAUUUUUCACAAAUUCGGAAGAAAAACAAGUAAAAAUUAAUCACAGAAGUAUUGAAGUGCAUAUUCUAAUGGCAAUUGUGUGAAUCGGCAUAUUUGACCAUUUAAUCAUUCCUAAAUUCAAUCCAAAACACAACCGCCAGAUUGAGAAAUUUUGUAAGUACUUCUCUGCUCCUGCAAAUAUAUGCCAAAUUAUGUUUAGAAAUUAGAAUUAUAAUUUAUAAUAUUGAGUAUGUUCUUAAUUACUCGAUCGCGUAUCGUUUUGCAUUUUGUUAUGAACUCAGAAAGAGGACAACAUAUCCCGUUUGUUAAACAACGCCAGCUUGUAGAAGAUGAAUUUUGUAUUUAUCUCUUACUAUCGUAUCAUCAGUUCUGACAGACUUAUCGAUAUCACUUAAACUUAACUAAAUCUAAAUCUAAGAAGCAAGUAUGCAAUAGUGCCUUCAACUUUUUACUGAUACGACAACAAAACCAUAAAACACACACAGACAUAAUUGCUUAUCCCAUUUAGCUCAACAAAAUUAAACAAAUUAACCAGCUCAAAUGGGUCUACUUUAGGUCACAAAACAAAUAUCGACUGUAAAUACAAUAAACUGUACAAUUGAAUAUCGUAAAUGUAAAUAAUCAAACAUGGUCAUAAUUCCUCUAACUAAAGUAAAUAUUUUAUUAGGACAUCAAGUUAAUGACUAUGUAAGUAACAUACAUACACAUGUUUGAUUUGCGAUGUUAGGCUUCAACCUAAGCGACAUUUAUCAUUUAGCGUACAAAACCAAAAGCCAUAAAAGUGGUCAAGAAAUUUUUGAUAAUGAUACAAUAAUAACCUAAGCUCGUAGUGAAUGUCUAGUACGUAAGAACAUUACACAAGUUGUACAAGAACACAGAUCACGUUACAAAUAAAAAAAAACACUUCGUGUA